AUGUCUCUCGCUGCCGUGCAUGCGACGGCACCUCUCGGUGGCUGGUGCCCUCUGGCGAGUGAUUGCCCGGUGCAGCAACAGGAGAAAGACGCAUUGCAGCUGAGCCUGAAAAGCUCAGUCAAGGCAUCAGAAUUCCUCUGGCUAUCUUUCGUCCGGAAUACUUGGCUAGACGAGGCUGAGAGCAGACACUUUCACCUUCUAGAAAUCAUGCGGCAGUUGGACUGCCUCUUGACGCUCGACUUGUGCCAUGUGAACAUGCCAGAGUUUGCCAGCAACUUCAACGAUCUUUGCACCAAUUUCAAGAAGGCUCUGCACGUACUGCCAGAAAUCCGUCCGAUCUCUGACUCAGAGGAGGAUCUCUUCGCGAUGGCGUCUAAGAUGCUGCCGGAUCAUCCAUGCUUCGUGAAUGAUCAUCUGAAAAUCUAUCCCGAGCUGCAUGACCUCCUGCGGCAUGCUGUUUACCUUGAUGUAGGAGUCAUCGACGACAGUUUCCCGAUUGUUCGUGUCCCUCGCGCAACGGUGCUGCUGAGCCCCAGCAAUGUCUGCGGGAGAGAAGACCUGCUGUGGUGGUAUGCGUCGCCACGGCUGGAGGAGAGCAUGGCUCAAGAUGCUUUUCUAGCAUUAACCAGUCACAGCUCAAGAAGAGCACGUUGGGUGAUCAACGUUGGAGCUGGAGACGGCGACUGCAUCCACGAUGCAAUACGCCAGGACGGCCGCUACGAACGUGGUCCUGAAGACGGUAACGAUCCAGCCAACUGCCUGCUUCUGGCUCUGCAGGAUGUGCGUGGAAUUCUUUUCGAAGGCGAUCAGGAGGCCCACGUGGCACUUCAACGCCUGCAUGAAUCACGUGCAGGCGUGAAGCUAGAGCUCGAGCCUGCGACACCACGCAGCAUGAUGACAGCGGUGGAGGAGUUUCGGCACACAGAGAUGGACUAUCCCGCCUCGGCUUCCGACCUAUUGCUGGCAAAGGUGGACGUGGAUAACUGUGAUUGCUGCUUUGUCGAGGCACUCCUCAAACAGCAGCCAGAUGGACCACCGUUGCUUCCGAUGCUGAUCCAUGUCGAGGUCCACUCCUUCAUUCCACCGCCUAUUGUUUUCAGACCUUUCAAUUUCACAGAAGGUGUUGGCGAUUCCCUGUUAGAGCUUAGCCAGGACAAGGGGCGCAGAGGGCAUUUUCUUCACUGCUCUCUUUCAGCCUUCACCGAGCUCCUUUUUCCGUUGGGCUACCAGUUGGGGCAGCUGAUUGGAUUUGAUGCUGUCUUUAUCCACAGGAGCGCGAUGGCAAGAAGCGUUCAUGCAGACGCCCACGAUGUUUUGCAUGGAAGUCGGGUCGAAGCUUUAUGGUAUGGGUGUCAUUUUUGCCACCCACUACGUGUUGCCAGCCCAGUCGAUGCACACUACUUCGCUGAGUUCCGCUACGACUACAGGCGCUGGAAUGACCCAGAGGUUUCAGCAUCCGUCCGCAUGGAGGAGAUACGCAGCUACCUGGAUUUGUGGAAGGUGCCACGGUCGACCUACGCUCUCUACGACUGUUUGUGGGUAUGCCCUCCCCCAGUUCCCCUUGCGGCAAUGUCGGUCCAGAGGUGGGCGCUUGAGAGUUGGGUUCUGGUGGCGACGGGACUGAAUGCGGGAGCAAAGUUAGGUUGCUUCGCCAUGGUCCCUCUUUCUCGCUACCUCGAGUGUCACUUCGAGCGGCAGAGAAGCAUCAAAUUCCGAGUCGUGCUCGGCCAGGGAAGCGGCCCGUCGCCAGAGGCGUGGCGCGACUUCCGGGCCCAGCUCAUCGCCCGCGAGGAGGCGGAAGCUACUGGCCGCGAGAGGCGAACCGUGGCCCCAAAGAAUGCGCAGCUCUUGCGGAGUCAGAGUGAGGAGCUUUGGAAUGAGUACAUGAACGGUGUCUGGGCGCACGUUGCUCCGGUAGAGGUGGGCGGACUGCUCUGCCGCAGCCCACUUCCUGCUCAGAUCACCUGGUUGAUGCGCCAGAACAGCAGCGACUUUCUCUGGGCUCGACGGCUUCGAGAGCGGAUCCUCCAGGAGCUGCCGGAGGUCUCCGGUCGGCAACCUGAGGAGCUCUUUGAGACCUGGUCGCAAAACACGAUGUUCUGUUACAAGGUAGCUGACAAGCUGACAGAAACGGCUCUGCUAGAAAUAGCUGCCAGCGCGAAGCAGAAUGGAAUUGACAUGCGCUCUCUGGAUGAUGCAGGCCGUGAGCUGGUGAUGCUGUACGGAAGCAUGGAGCGCACCUGGCAGUCGGUGUGCCUGGUGCUUCAAGCCGCUUCCACCAGUUGCGCUGCACAGGCCGUCGCCAUAAAUCGUCCAUUCGCCAGGUCGGUGGACGACGCCUUGGCGCGGUUCCUCCUCUUCGGUUCCCCGGCUGCUGCCAGUGACCCGCUCAGCGAAGAGGAGCAGAGGGAUCAGCAGAGGCUUCAGUACCGCUUUCUCGAAGCUUUUGGCGACAACGCUGCAGUUUACAUUGGCGGUCCGGAGAUGCAGAGUGCACCAGGACUUCUGAUCCACGGCUUUGAGCUUGAAGGGUCAUCGGAGCUGGCACCGGGAACUCGCAUCUACCAAGGAGGUGUCGAGGCUGCAAUCGACGGGAUACUUGCUGGAAGGUACUCCCCUCUAGAUUUCCGCUGGUUCGUUGGCCGACACCUGGACCUGCGCACGGACGACUUCGCAUGGAUCUCCAUGGCUUCUGCACGGCCGUUGACGUUGAAGCAAUGCCUGGGUCUGCCGAAGCCGCUGUGGCACGAGGUGAUGGAGCUCUGCGGUGGGGAGUAUUCCGAUCUCAGCCGUGUGGAGCUUGUGCAGCGUGCGGACUUGGACGAGGACGUCCGAAAUGGCGACGAAGAAGAUGACUCCAGAAAUGCUCUGCGUGCUGGACGCCAGCGAUCGCAAAGUAAUCGGCGGCAGAGCAACACGGUCAGGACAGUCGCUGACCUGAUGCGGAAUUGGCGCACCUACGCCGCGGAGGAUACGAAGAAGGACCAGGAGCCGAGCGACGGACGGCAGCUGCUGCAAGCCAGCGAACAAGGUUCUGACUUCGCCCUUCACAGCAAGGUGCUUUCAGGCUUGGGUGCUCUUGGAGAGCGUCUGCACGACGAGCUGGACCUGACUUUUAAGGAGACACGCCAAGUGGAGCCUUAUGAUUGGGACUCUUCCGGCGCCGUUGGGGACGCCGAGCUCGAAGCAGCUGUCCGCACGGGCGAGGAGGUGACGAUAUCGUUGGAGAUGUUGGGCACAGUGCGCACGCAGUACGGAAAGCGAAUCCUUGAAGCCAUGGCAUUUCGGGACGAGAUUUGUGCCGACGUGGGAUUGCCGACUUACUUUCCGUUCGAUCAGAGUGUCCUUUCGCAACACUUGCCUGUGAAAAGCAACGCCAUCUCAUAUGCGCCCUGGUGGGUGUCAGAGACCAGCAACGAGCACCUUGGAAAUCGUGGAAGUUUUGUCUUCUCAGAGAGUGCCCGGCCAGAACUCCUGGCAUCGAAGUUCCGCGUUGCCUUGAACCUCUUGACCGACCCUCUGCUGCCUCUCGUGGCACCCCUGCCAGCUUUGCCCCUGUCAGCUCCGACCCCGAGGGUGCCACCGGUUUGGACACGGCCGCAGCCGGCUCCUGGCGUCGUGAGGUCCAAGCAACAUGAGCUCGCCGAAGCGGAGACGAUGAACGGGCCAGAGCUUGACCCAGCUCUGAGCUCACCGCGGGUCACGAAGGCGAGAGGCCAGGGACAGCCGAAGCGUGGUGCGAGACGGAGCUCCAUGAAGAGCAUGAAGAAGGCUUUGGACUUCACUUUCACGGUGGUGUUCACAGGCUACGAUCAUGAGAAGCAUGCUGAGUUUGAGCUGGUUCCGCGUUUGAUUGGUAAACGCGGCUGCAACAUGUUGCCUAUCCAGAACAUCGGUGCGGCCGCGCGGGUGUGUGGGCGAGGCAGCGGCUACAAGGAAGUCCACACUGCUGAUGGGCAAACCGUUGAGAGAGACGAGACACUCCAGCUUGCCGUCGCCUGCCGCACGAGCGAGAUGCACGACGCAGCCCUUCGUCUCGUCCAGCCUCUUCUCAAUGACCUCUCGCAUCACUUCCGUCGUUUCUGCCGAAAGAAAGAACUCGAGUGCCCCGACCUGUACAUCCUGGCUGCCAAACAGGCUCCCUGCCUGCCUUGCCUGGACAGCGGCAGCAUCGCCGGAAGGCGUGAGUCGUGCCGCCUGCAGAUGGCAGACAUCGCUAAGCUCCGUCAUGAGCUGAGCAGGGUUGUCCUCUGA